AUGGAUUGCGAAAACCUGCGCAUUAAUCAACAGGAUUUACCGGUGGAAGAUUGGGAUGGAUCCACGCAAACUCCUACUAAGAACACAACAGACAUAUCGCAUGUUUUAUCCAACACCAAACCCACGGAGGAGAUACUCACAAGCAAAUUUGACCACAUUGCGACCAAUGUCAACCAAGCCAUCGCCGACUUGAACGAAAUAUAUACAAAGAUCGGGUAUUCGACCACAGAAACAAGGAUUAAAAAGGCCGAGAUAUUUAGUGCCAUCGAAGAUACGAUAUCCAAUUUCAGCUCCAGCUUGAUGCGAGAAAAGAACAAUAUAGAAAACGAAUGCGAAUGGCUCCGACAACAAAUUAGAAUCAUUCUCGCCAUGAUAAACGACGACAAGGGUGAACGAAACUUACGGUGCUCUGAUCGUGGAAUUGUGUUUGAAGACGUGAACUUAUAUGAGCAAGGAUACAAAGAAGAUGUCGUGGAUCGACUAGAAUAUUUGCAAUCUCGCCAACAGCGGUUCUACGCAACAUCUCCAUUCAAUCUUACCUCGCCAUACAUUCCAGAAGAAGAGAGCUCACCAACCAUCGCCAACCAAUAUGAGUACAUGACAAAAAGCAUUCCACGGCUCUCCUUGCUUCAGUUAAAAUCCAACUUGAACCGAAUAUUUCUCCAGGUUUUACAAAGUUUCAUGAAACCAUUUCGCAAACUUACCGAUCUCAAUCUUGCAUUCUUGGACAUUUAUGAUACCGUGGGAAAUAUUACAAACUUAGAAGACUCCUCAUUGCUCAAGACUCUACCAAAUCGUCAGGAAUCGGAAGAGCAUGCUAAACUCAUUCACGAAUUUGAAGAGGUAAUGAGUAGUUUCAAAGAAUCGAAGCAUGGGAAGGGGAAUAUGAAUGACUCUACUCAGUUUAUUGUUUCUAGUCCGAGAAAGAAUCAAGUCAAAGAACCGCAAUCACAGAUUUCGCCGUCAAGCGAUACUAUUGAGGAACUCAGAGACGUCAACUACAAGCUCAUCAGAGUUAUUCGAUGUCUCAGAAUAACGAAAAUGAGCACCGAAUUGUUCGGUAGAUUGCAGAAAAUAAUCAACUCUUAUGCUGCAGCAAUGGGUGAGCGAAAAAAUCAAAUGAGUGAAAUGAUCUCGAAAUGUUUGACUUUGAUAGGCAAUUUACUGCUCAAUGAAAAGCAGUUGCAGCUCAUUCAGAAGAACUUUGAUGCAAUGAACGAAAUCAAAAAUGGGAAUGGUUCUUCUGCAGCUUCGGAAGGUUACUUUGAUGUUGAGACCCUUCAGUUUAUACAGCACAAUCCCACCGAAUUUGGACUUCACGAUGGUCAUCUUCAGUUCGUCGAGAAAUUCGUGAGUACUCUUGAACGUCUACACGAAUCAAAGCAAAGGAGGAAGAACCACUACCUCAAAACCUGUACCAUGCUCUGGGAGCGCCUUGACGAAUCCGAGUCAUAUAUCAAUAACUUUUUGAGUUCAAACAACGACUUGAGCGAAACCUCUUUGGUCAAUUUCAAGAUGGAGCUAAACAGACUAUACUUGAAGCGCUCUGAAUACGUGGACGAUUUCAUUAAGAGAGCGAGAUCUGAGAUAGAAAAGUUAUGGAACGAUAUGCUAUACUCAACCGAAAUGAGACAAAGUUUCAAAUACUUUAAUUAUGACGCAGAGACCAGCGACGAGGACAAAGAAGAAAUACUCAAUAGUCAUGAAGUCGAGCUUUCGGCUUUGAAACAAGAGUUUGAGGCAAGGAAACCAAUACUUCAGAUCUAUGAACAAGUGCAAGAGCUUGCAAAAGACCAACAAUUUUUGACUGAAUCUUCGAAAGAUUCCUCCAGACUAUUGAGCAAGAAUUCAUGCAAGAUAUUACUUAACGAGGAAAAAAUUAGAAAAAAGUUGAUCAAAAACAUGCCUCGUUUGAUCAAUAGCUUGAAGUCCGAAGUCAUCAAGUAUAAUGACAGUCAAUUGAGCCAGGGCAAAAAACCUCUCCAAGCAUAUGGUGAGGAUUUCUUUGAGAUGGUGAUAAUGCUAGAGUCGGAAUACGUUAACAAGAAGUCGGACAAGAGCAGAAACUCCCAUUCGCCUAGUCGACCCCUUUCUUACUCGCCCAAAAGAGCUGCAAUUAAUCGCCAAUCACCAGCUAAAGGCUUGAGCUCAAGGAGCCCACAGCGAAUAUUAAAACCGGCUGAGAUUUCUCCACCUAAGCGAACAGGAAUUAAAAAACCCACCAAAAGGGCUCCCAAAUUUUCCCGGAACAGCGUAAUUAACAGCCGUUUAACCAGCGCAGUUAACAGCAUGAGCAGCUUCAGUGACAUGUCUAAUAACCUCGAUAGUCCUACUUCACUGAACUCGUUGAACUACACAUCUGGGGCACAAAUACCUAGCCUCUCAAGAAAUUACAAUCAGUUGCAACCAUUGAACUCACCGUUGAAGCCUGAAGAAAGCUGUAUCAGUCAAAGCACUGUUCGCUUGUCACCGCUUCAACAAUCAGGCAUAGCGAAUACAGAAAAAAUGAGUCAAGGCGAUAAAUUAACGCUGUCUCCUAUCAGCAGAACAACAGCAACCAUAAACCCUGAAGGUAAAGAGAAUGAACUGACAACGAUGAAAAAGGAAGUCGAUCAUUUUUCCGGCAAGAGACACAGUGAAGUUUCAAAUGAAAGUUCAUUUUUAAUGAGUGAUGAUUAUCAAUCAUGGAGAGACCAACGCAUACGACUCUUAAAUAGUCUUUCCUAG